AUGGUGUUGUUGAGUAGAAAUUCAAGCUCUAACAAACAAACAUCCUUAUUCGAUAUUAGAAUCAAGGGAACUGAUCAUGAUGUAUUGGUUAUUAAAGGGUCUGCUCACGAGGCUCCAUCAGUUUUAGUAAAUGGUUCAAUUGUUUUAUCAGUUUUAGAACCAAUUUCAAUUAAAAAACUGAGUUUAAAACUUUAUGCAACUUUAAGAUUAAAAUGGACAAAUUCUUAUGAAACUCAAAGGGGUUCAGUUUUGAAAAAACCAUUCCGUUAUGAAAAAAGAAUAUUUGAACAUAAUUGGGAUAGUUUUGAUCUGAAUAAUCUUUAUGAUAAUUAUAAUAGCAAAAGUCCAACUUUAACACGGAAGAACAGUUCCGCUAACAGUUCUUCAAGUUCACUGAAAAGUUAUGGUAAAAAAUCAAAAUCAUCAACAAAUUUGGCAAGUUUUGGUUCAUCAACAAGUUUAAGUGGUUCUGCAAAUAAUAGUCACCUUUUAUUACAAGGUAAUUACGAAUUCCCAUUUAGUGCUGUUUUGCCAGGUUCAAUCAAUGAAAGUGUUGAAGGUUUACCAGGUGCUACAGUGGUUUAUAAAUUACAAGCUAAUAUUGAUCGUGGUAGAUUUUCAAAUGAUUUAGUUGUUAAGAAGCAUUUAAGAGUUGUUAGAACUUUAACUCCAGAUUCAGUCGAAUUAUCAGAAACAAUGGCUGUUGAUAAUACUUGGCCUAAGAAAGUUGAAUAUACUAUUAGUAUUCCUUCAAGAGCAGUUGCUAUAGGUUCAUCAUGUCCAAUUCAUAUGAUUUUAGUUCCUUUAGCUAAAGGUUUAAAAUUGGGUAAAAUCAAAGUCACUUUAAGUGAAUAUUACUCUUGUUGUGGUUCUUAUGGACCUCCACAUUCCGGUGAACGGAACAUUCAUGAUAUUGUCAUUCCUGCUUCAAAUCAAGAAAUUACAGAUGACAAAUGGGAAAUUAAUUCCACCAUUAAUAUACCUGCAAGUUUAUCAAAAUGUACACAAGAUGUUGAUAUUUUAAAUAAUAUUAAAGUUCGUCAUAAAUUGAAAUUUGUUGUUGGUUUAAUUAAUCCUGAUGGUCAUGUUUCAGAAUUACGUGCAUCACUACCUUUGAUUUUAUUUAUUUCUCCAUUUGUUGCCCUUGGUGUUAAAAAUUUUGAUAGAGAAAGACAUGGUUCAAUUGCAAGUGAAGGCUCUGCAGGUUCAUUUAAUGAUAUCCCUUCAGAUAACGAUGAAUUAGAUGAUGAUGACGUUAUCUUUGCACCUGAUCCAGAAACUACACCAGCCAACCUAAGUUCUCAAAAUUCAAUUACAAAUGCUGAAAGAAUGGCUCCACCUAAUUAUGAAAAUCAUAUCUAUGAUAGAUUAUGGAGUGAAAUUGCAAUUGAAGAUACUCCAGAAGGUUCAAGAGCUGCCACACCAGCACCUGGAACUCCAAAUGGUUAUCAAAAUAGUGAAAGCUUAACUGAUAGUGGUGGUAUGGGUAAGCUGACUGAAAACUUGAGAAGAUUACAUCUACAACGUCAAGCCGAAGUUAAUUCUCAACCUUCUCUAGAUUCUUUAGCUGGAAAUAGAGGAACUGCUGCUUAUAAUUUACAAACACCUAUCAAUGAACUUAAUACUCCACCAACUAAUGAAUCUGAUUAUUUCUCUAUAAGGCCACACAAAGAAGGUAUUGUUUCACCGGGUGUUCAUUCGCCAUAUUUCAAUCAUAUUUCAAGAGUCAAUUCAGAAACCAAUUUACCUGGAAGUAUUAGAAGUGGUAGUCCUGCAUCAAGAGAUUGGAAUUCAGAAAGUAUGUCACAAGUUCCAUCUUAUCAAACAGCAAUGAAAGCCUUCACACCUGAUAACUUAUCACCUGCUUAUGUUCCACCUGAUUAUGAAGACCCUGAAGUUACAAGACCUAGAGCCAUCCAUCUAAAAUCAUCAUCCUUGAGUAAUUCAAGAGCUCAAAGUACAGCAUUAUUGUCCAAUUUAAGAGGUGAUUCAUCAUCACAUCAAAUGGAUCGCUCUAUGAACUCAUCUACUGGGUCAUCUCCCUCUAUAUCUAGAAAUGCUUCAUCAAAUCAUCUACCUUCUUCUUCAUCCAACAACAACAGCAGUUUAAAUCUGAACUAUUCAAGAUCUCCUCAAAAGCAUAAAUUUAACAACAACUUUGGAUCAUUAACUCCAUUAUCACCAUCACCACCUGUUAGGCCACAAUCUGCUUCUCCUUCAGAUAAUUCAACACAAUCAUCUGUGCCAACACAUGUGUCUUUAGGUGGAUUACAACAUCAAAACAAGUCUGCAUCUUUUGUCAAUUUGAUGGGUACUUUGCUACAUAGAAAAGACUCCAAAAGAAAUGUCAAAGACUGAAAACAUUAUGAUGAUCAUGCCGUUGCUACUUUAUUUAUUUGUUCCUCUUCCAUCUCACCAAUCAUAAAA